AUGCAGGUUCGCCAUCGCGAGUCAGUAUCUACACUUGUUCACGCGACUUCGCGGACCUCGUUGCGAGCACCGCAGUUCACAUUAGAGAAGUUCUCGAGCAAAGACUUCAUAGUAAAGGACUUCAUCGAAGACCUCUCCGAUGCCGCCGUCCCCGCUUCACGAAGAUCAGGAGCCACCACAGGCCAGGUCACUUUUGAUCCGAAACCGCUCAUUCGAACCUUCGAACAUGCCCUGACACGACUGACGUACCUAUCCGAGGAUCUGGAGGAGAAGGAAAAUGAGCUCUCUGGGGCUGUACGACGCGCCGAAACCCAGCAUAAUCAGAAUGUGGAGUCUUUGGGUCGGAGACUUGAGCAAUCCAUGGACCGAUUCCAGAAACUCGACAGCUCGUUGAACGGCAACGACGAUGGCGGAUCAGAUGCUGGUGGCAACGUUGCCAUGCGCAUCGGCGAGAGGUUGGAGGAGCUAGAUCGUCAACGCAAGAAAGCUUUGGACGCCAAGUUUCUCAUCGAAUGCUGGCAAGAGGUCAGCGAGCGGGGUGAACUCAAUAUCCUGGAAGAUCACCGACGAAGUGGUGACAUUGUGCGUUGUGCUGAGAUUGCCCGCCAACUCUUGCGUAUUAGUACUCGUCUGAACCCAGACAGUAACCAUCGUGUCAAUGGCGAGGCACAGAAUGGCGUGAAGAAGACGCCAAUGCAAGUAUCGAAAUACAACACGAACGAGGUCAUUGAGAAGUUUUUGGAGAAUCUAGAGAAAGACUUACUCGUCAAAUUUGAUGAGUGUUAUAGGCGGCCGAACUACAAUGGCAUGCGCGACUGUGCCAUCGCCUUGCGAGGAUUCAAUGAUGGCUCGAGUGUCAUUGGCACAUACGUUAACCAGCAUUCAUUCUUCAUUGAGCGGAUGCAACUGACUGCAGAAGAACUCUCAACAGAUGCAGAGACUUGGGAUCGCCUCCAAGAUCCGGAUGCAGAGCCACCCGGUGUUGAGCCAACGCUGCAAUCGCUGAUCGAUGAGGUUAAGAUUGUUGUUCAAGAAGAGUCUGCGAUCAUCAGACGAGCAUUUCCAUACUAUGAGGAGGUCUUGGUGAAAUUCAUUGAGCGUAUAUUUCAACAGUCGAUACAACAAAGACUUGAGAUGGUCUUGGAAAAGGCAAGCGAAUUGUCUUCCCUUGCCUUCUUGCGUUCAUUGCAAGCUUCGCGAGGGUACAUCACCCAGCUAGUAGAUGACCUAAAGUCGCAUGGCUUGACGGAGCAUCCAGAACCUGCAACCUCGCAAAUAGCGGCCACACUGGAUCAACAGCUUGAGGAGCUCUUCUCCUCCUAUUUCAUUGGCGAAAAGUAUAUUGAGCGCGAAAAGAAAAAUUUAGAAGAGCUCUACUCUUCCCUGCUACUAAAGUUUACUAUAUACCACUCCCGACGAAGCAAGACGCCAACAUCAUACUUUGGAUCACUUGCUCAAAGAGGCAAAGAACUUGCAGCGUCUGCGCGCGACAAGUACAUGGAGCGCCUCGAAAGCACAGAUCUGCCAGCAAGUCAAAAAGCCACGUUGCUCCGCAUUGCCGGCCUUAGAGAAGAUCAGCAAGAGAAGAAGGAUAUCGAAGUCACAGAUGAAGACGGAAAAUUGUCCCUGCAAGUUGCUAAGCGAAUGCUCAAGUGGCUGGCAGAAGGGGUUGGGCGAGGACUAGAGCUAUCGCCCAAUAACGAGACGCCAAAAGAUGUACAAAUUCUUCUGAACCUGCUCCUGCGGCAAAUGGGCGAGAUGUAUCUCGAGACUGCUCUAGAGGCUGCACAAGACCACGCCGCUUUGCAGGAAAAUUCGAAAACACCACCAGACCUCACGCAUUUACCAUCUCUUCACACCAUAACCACCAUUCUCCAUCUACUGGAACAAACCAUUACCACGAUCCUCCUACCACUCUGUGCACCCAACCUCACCAUUCGUCGCGAACUCGAGAAGACCAGCAAUUCUACAAUGGCAACACUCGAAUCCAAGCUUUCCAAUAUUCUCAACCUCACUCUCACGGCUUCCUUGAACUGGGUCAGCAAACUCCUCUCCCAACAAAAGAAGACAGACUUUCGACCCAAAGACGACGACCUAAUGGUCACAAGCGAAACCCAAGCAUGCAGAGAAGUUUCCGCCUUUCUCAGUCGUGUCGCUACACAAGCCACUACCGCUCUCUCUGGCCGCAACCUCUCCCUCUUCCUUGCUGAACUAGCUCGUGGCCUGCGCGCCCAAGUCCUUGCGCAUCUUCUCCGCUUCACUGUCUCGCAGGUCGGCGGGCUGAGUGUGUCGAAAGACAUGAAUCGCUAUGUUGAGCUUGUGAGGGAUUGGCCCAUGGGUGACGAGCUGGAGCCCGGGGCUAUGGAUGUUUUGACAGAUGUGAGCACCUUGUUCAUCAUUGGGCCGGAGGCGCUGAGAGAUAGGUUGAGGGCAGCAAGUGGGCAAGAUGCGCAGGAGCUCAAGUUGUAUAUUGCCAGAAGGGAUGAUGUCAAUACUGUGGGCGUGCAGAGCGUGCUUAGUGGAAUGUAG